UAGCGUUGCUGUGCGCAGCGCGGAUGGAGGAAGCAGCUGCUGAUCACACUCACUCAGUUUGAGGCAGAACACUCGGAAUACCGAAGCGCUUCAUCAGAAACAACCGGAUCAUCAUCCUGCAUGCACAAGACAUCCCUGAUUUAAUGGGUCCAAUCAUCGGGAUGUCACCGGAUAAGAAAGCAGAAUCCCUAGGUGUGCUGGGGGAACGGGGGAGCCUGCGUGGAGUUUGUGGGACGAUACCUGAAGCCGAGUGUGCCUCCAGCCCCCUGGCCACCAGCCUGGAUCGUACCUCCAGCUCAGGAGACGAAGAACUUACCAACCUCAACUGGCUCCAUGAGAAUCUUCUCCAGAACUUCACACUGGGAGGCCCCGAGGCCCAGUCCAGCCCCAGUCCGCUCUUUGACAUUGAGGGCAACCACGGGAAGUCCGUCAUCUCCUCGGCAGCUUCUCGUGGAGAUUCCGUCAAGUCAAAGCCACCUUUCUCCUUCUCCCUGCUCAUAUACAUGGCCAUCGAACAGUCCCCCAGCAAGUCUCUGCCAGUGAAGGACAUCUACGGCUGGAUCUUGGAGCACUUUCCAUACUUCUCUAGUGCCCCCACUGGCUGGAAGAACUCGGUGCGGCACAACCUGUCCCUCAACAAGUGCUUCCGCAAGGUGGAGAGCGGCCUUGGGAAGGUGAAUGGAAAGGGAUCUCUGUGGUGUGUGGACCCUGAAUACAGACCCAAUCUGAUUCAAGCUCUAAAGAAACAGCACUUUCCCACAGCCCACUCAUUCUGCACGCCCCCCGCCUCCCCACCCAGUGCCUUCUCACCCGCUCGACACCUCUUCCUCCAGGGCUGCUCUCUGAAAGAGUCUGAUAUUGAUGCUGCCACCGCUAUGAUGCUCUUAAAAUCAGCCCCCGGACACCACAGUGACCAGUCUGACCCGGACAGCCCCAUUAACCUCUCUCGUCCAGACUCUGUCCUGGUGAGCAGCGACCCGAAGCAGGACCACAACUACAGCAGCGCGUCAUUCCAGCGGUGCUCGUCUCGCUCUUCCUCGUCAUCCUCUUCAUCGCUGUGCUCCAUGGACGAUACGGGCUGCGAUUCGGGUCAGGGCCGCCGCGCCGGCAGCGAGGGUUUCCAUAGCGACGAGGACUCCGAGGAGGAGAGGAACCUGCGCCUGCUCAAACUUCCCAUCCGUCGCCCGCUCACCGUCAAGUGCUCUAUUCCGGGUAAACGGACCCGUCACGAGUCCAAACCAGAACUGGACGAGGAGCUAAAAGAAGCGGCUGGGUCACUCUUACAUCUGGCCGGGAUUCGAUCCGGUCUAGAUUUAUCAAAACGAAUGGCCAAGAGCAAAAAACAGGCAAAGCAUCGGAAAUAAAGCCGGAAAAAGCCUUUAUUGACCUUUUAACCCCUGGACUGUAAAUCAGUGACCGUGCCUCCUCGUUAUUUUUGCUUCAUUAAAAAUCGUACAAACUCCGAGCUCAACAAUAAGGAUUUUUUUCUGCUGCCCAAGUCAGGCCAGUAAUUUGUACCCACCCUGGUAAUAUUUUAUUUUAUUUUAUUUAGUAAAAUUAUACUUGAGACAUAAUAGCGAUUUAUUUUUGUUUUGCAACUUUUUUUACACAUGUUAGAAAAUAAAUAAAUGCAUAUAAAGUGUUCGAAAAUACUUAAACACCCCUUGUUGACAAUAAGAUGAACUAAAUAGAAAAACCCCCACACUGUCACAGCUUUUACCUUUUAAUUGCAGCAAAAUUGGGUCAAGAACGUUCUUCGGGUCGUUUAAAAACCGUUUGAUCAGCCGACAUAUUUAAUGACAUUAUAAACAAAGCUAAUCACAUAGAAGGUCAUGAGUAACUCUUACAAAACCUUUCAAGAACGUUUCGAAUUAAAUAAGAAAUAAAAACGUUAUGGUCUAAUUAUUGGACCAUAAAGAUUACAUUUUUUAUCGCAAAAUUUGAUUUCACAUUUUUUUAUUUGAGGUUAAAUAUGACCAGGAUAGGCUACAUGUUUGGUUAUCAUAAUUUUUUUUGAUUGAUCAAACCGUUUUUAAAAUACCAGAAUAAGGUUUUUUUACCGAAACAUUCAAGAUUUGCAACUUUGCUACAACAGCAUGUAGGACUAUUUUUACCUAUUACAUUAGAUUUGUUCAAAAGAUAUAUAUAUAUAUAUAUUAUAUUUUUCAUUAAACCUUUAGUUGUUCUUUACAAGAAAACUUUUUUAUUUGCAAUAAUAGCUGGAAAUUGUGUAGAUAUAAUAUAACUUCCACGGCACUUAUAAACGCAUAAAGACACUUGCCAGAAAUGGCAUACAGUGAUUUGUUUAUUAUUUUCAAUCCAUCUAACUGAUGCUUCCAAACUAUCUCGGAUAGUUGAAUUAGUUUGGAAUAAACUUCCAAGCAAAUGGUUCUUGCCGUUUUGACAAAACGACCUCUAAAUAUGGUUACCGUGACCUUUUAAAUCAGCAGAAUUCUCAACAACGACGUUCAUUACAUUGCGCAAAAACAAAUGUUUCAAAAGCAGAUGAACAUGAUCCGCUAGUGUACGCUGUAGUGACAACGCAUCCUUAUCGUUGAGCCAUGUGACGUUUUUGUUUUUGUUUUUAUCCAAGAGAAUUUUCCUCCCUGACUCGAUCCACGGCAAUAGCAACUCACACGGGGCAGAACGAAGCCAUACUGAGACUUCUGAGGGAAUAUGGAGAAACGCACGUCAUCGUACCCUUCCCAAAACUUUGUGCUUCAAGAUGAAGGGUUUCUGGCGGGAGAACGUUUGCAUGCUUCCUUUUUAAACGAGUGUGCUACUCUUCCAAGUGAAUCUGUGGUAUUUAUACAUGGAAAGAGUGCAUGAGCACUAAACUCCAGAAGAAGAUGAUGAUGAUGAUGAUGAUGAUGAUGAUGAUGACUCAUUUGUCUGUUUUAAGUACAUGACAAAGAAAUGCAAUAAUUAUCACCAGGCGGCUGGAAUUAAGACUCUAUUUUUGUCCAAGCAACUGAACAUUCGUUGGGUUUCAUCAGUCUGAGUGGACAGCAUGAAGAGAGGAUUUGGAUCACAUUUUUUGGAUACCUCGCAGUUGGUGUUGGGCGAAUGCUUGUGGGAUGAUUCUCAUGAAAAUAUGUCCGGGUCAUAUCACACCCCCCAAAAUCAACUGAAAAACAGAUGAUAUAUUUUGCAUGAUUUAAAUGAAGCUUAUUUUUAGGACCGUAGAGAUUUUUGGAUGUCUGUGUAACAUGAUUCCUACAAACAUUUCCCCAACAAUUUCUCAGUACCAUAAUGUGGCUGGACUUUUGACUUCUUUCAGGGGAUAAUAUCUCAUUACUGCAAUAUAAAGAGUAUUUUUAUUAUUUUUUUGCAUUGCAGUAAUGAGAAUUUGGAAGGAAAAUGUGCUUAAAUUUUCAAAUGCUAAACAACUAAUAAUAAUAAUCCUCAAAAUAUGCUUCAUUUCCCACAAAGCACAUUUCUUGUGUUUUGGGGGUGGAAUAUGACCCGGAAUAUGCCUCAAAUCCAAAUAUGUAGUCGAGGACCAUCUUUUAACUUGUUGACUGCUUGCCGCCGUCUUGGGCCGCUGGUCUUUAUUCUCCAUUCGAAACGGGCCUUGUGUGGCAGAGUUUGGCGUUUCAACUCCUCUGUUCAGAGACUAUGCAAAAACACAAGCCGUGGAAGCUCUACAUUUCCUCUUGAUUAUGUUCAUGCCCAUUUGAUGUGUGUUUUAAUGCACUUCCUAGUCAGGCAGACUCGCAGAUGUCAAAACUGGAAUUGGCUUCUUUCAAACCUUGUGAAACUCGAGACUGUAGAUGCACAGACGCAUGCGUUCAUAUUCAAGAGAGAAUCUCAUGAAACCUGUGAAGUACACGUUCAGUCCUAAGAAACUUAGACGGGUUAAAUAAGACUCCGUAAAUGGAAACUUUGGAAUGAAGAUAUUGAUUUGUUUGUUUGUGCCAUGAUGUCACUGCAAGAAUGAUUGAAUCACUGCCAGACAUGGUUCACUUCUCUUGCUUCAUGUCAGUUUUAGUAGUAUUGAUUAUUCACUGAUUAUAAUACUGCCAAGUUGACAAGUCUGUUUGGGUGAAUCUCACAAAACCUCCCAAGAUCAUGUUGUUUUGGACCCCAAAUUAUCUUUUGCUUUGCUUAAAGAAAAUGAAGCUUAUUUGAUGACCAUUUGAACCUGAAAAUAGUCCCAUUUUAGACCCCAGUGCUCAUUUCUGAAAUGUGAAAACAAAGUCAAUUUUUUUUUUAAAUUGUAUAUUAUUUAUACUUAGUGCUAGUAUUUAUUUUAUUAUUUUUUACUGCCUUUAAUUUUUGCAUAUUUAAUUUGUGUUCUUAAUGUAAUUUAGUAAAACAUUACUAAUACAGUAAUUGUCAUAAAUAUGCAAAUGACAAAAAAACAUUCAUGGGAAUAAUGUCCCAAUGCACAGAAAUGGGGAACACUUUACAGUAAGGUUGUAUUUUUUGACAUCAGUAAAUGCAUUAAGGUAUCAUUUACUAAAAAUGAACAUUUGAUUUUUUUCAGAGUUUAUUAAUCUUGUUUAAUGAUAAUUUAUAAAGAUAGAGAAUUGUACUUUCCAUUAAUGAUGUUAACAUAAACAACUUUGAUAAAAGUUUGGUUUUGAAAAUAUUAGUAUAUGUUCAAUGAAACAAUAACCAAGAUUAAUACAUGCUGAAAAAUGAUUGUUUAUUAAUGUUAAUGAAUGCAGCCUUAUUGUAAAGUGUUUCAAUAAAUCCUAAUGGCCCUAAACAUUUCCUUUUCUUUAGGUUUAGAAUAAAAAAUAAAUAAAUACAAAUGCUAUAUACAUGCACACAUUCACACACACACACACACACAUAUAUAUAUAUACACACACACAUAUAUUUACACAUACAUACAUACACACACACACACAUAUCUCUGCACACAUAUAUACACAAACACACACACACACAUAUAUUCACACAUACAUACACGCACGCAUAUAUAUAUAUAUAUAUAUGCACACACACACAUAUAUAUAUAUGCACACAUACACACACACAUAUAUAUAUGCACACACACACAUAUAUAUAUAUGCACACAUACAUACACAUAUAUAUAUAUGCACACAUACAUACACACACAUAUAUAUAUAUAUACACACACACAUAUAUGCACACACACAUACACACAUAUAUAUAUAUAUGCACACACAUAUAUGCACACAUACAUACACACAUAUAUAUAUAUGCACACACACACACACAUAUAUAUAUAUAUAUAUAUAUAUGCACACAUACACACACACGCAUAUAUAUAUAUAUACACACACACACACAUAUAUAUAUGCACACAUAUACACACACAUAUAUAUAUGCACACACAUACACACACACACAUAUAUAUAUGCACACAUAUACACACACAUAUAUAUGCACACAUACACACACACACAUAUAUAUAUGCACACAUAUACACACACAUAUAUAUGCACACAUACACACACAUAUAUAUAUAUAUGCACACAUACACACACACACAUAUAUAUAU